GCACAUUUGUAACAUCUUUGGAAAGGAAUAAAACAGAAAAUCAAUGAGAGAGCUUUCUCGUCUGCUCUUAUGUUUAUUUGAGUUCUGAUAACAGAGAAAGUACCAAAAACUUAUUUUAAUAGAGUUUGAUUUUGAAUUUUAGUGACUCAGCUAGUAUUUAUCCUCAUUCACAGCAAUCAAAUACUUUUAUCUUCUCACAUAUAUGCUAUAGCAACUAGAGCAGUAAUAGGCACAUGGUAGGUGUUUGAUUAAUUUUUGUUGAAUCAGUCAUUCUUACAUAGAUUUAUGCCUAAAUGAUAUUAAUCUAUGUCAGAUGUUAAUCCUCAAUCAUGUGCUUCCAAGCAAGUUCUUAGCUUUCAAAAAUAGUUCUUCAUUUUUUAUAAUUCAUGUUUUAUAGAGUGAAGAAACUGGUUGCAGAAGGAAACAAUUCUUAGACAUAACUCAUUAUUACUUUUUCAGGGAGCUUUACUGAGAUGCUAAAUAUCUACACAUAUUUUAAUAGCAAAAGCCUCUGUUUCUAUAAAACAAGGGUGACUAAUGCUGACCAGAACUCUUUUCUACACUGAUUCUUAAUGCCCUUCUCGGGUGUGGUAAGAUAGAAUCAAUAGACCAUUGCUCCUAACCUUAACUUUUGGGAGCUAGGGAACAAUUUCAGCUGCUCUUCUUCAAUAUCUACUUUAAAAAACCAUGGAAAACUUGUGGAUGAGUUCAGAAAUAACUUCAAGCUACAUAGAAAAAAAGAGAGAGAGAAACGCAAUCUCACUUUUUAACCUCACCUGUUUACACAUUGAAAUUUAUAAAUCCUGCUUAAGGAGACUGGCUUUCCUACAGGGUACAAAUAAUUUCCAAACACAUCAUUAUGCUGUCAUUAUUUAUGUUCAUAUAUAUUUUAAAUAAAAUGAUAUGUAUCAUGAAGUCACCUGGGCACUCUGGUAUUCAAUGCAUUUAUGUACAAAAAAUUAAAUUUUCUCAGUGACAAUUUCAGUCUAAAAUUCUGUUCUCAAUUUCCCAUUAUAUUGAAAUUCAUUUUUUACCUUUCUGACAUUAAAAUAGUAUAUGUGAUUUACAAAACAUACUUUGGAAUGUCACAUGAUUACUGCAGUUUUAUUUCCAACCUUGGUCACACAGCAAUUUAUGCCCAUAAUCUUGUAAUUGUUAAAAGUUUCUUGAAAGUGAUCUCAAAAGGAAUUGGCAUAAUAGAUUGCAUUUUUGUGUGGCAAAGCAUCAGCUUUUUUCUACCAGCAGUAUCUUUGAACAUCAUACUAUUCAACCAAGCAUAGAAAUGUUCUUACUUUUAACAAGCCUCGAUAAUCAAAGAUUCUUUUCUUUCUUCUUUCAACAACACCUGAGUUAAGACAGAAGAUCUGUGGACGGUUUUCUCCUAAGAAAUAAUUUGCAAUGAAGAUCCUUCUCUUUUUCUCUAUUUCAUUCUUCUCUGAUGUCUUCAUUCCACCAGUGAGCUCUAGGUCUGUUGGAAAUUCUUUGACACCAACAAAAGUCCCAUGUCUACAGAAGCUUGAGAAACUAUACUCAGAGACGCGUAAUUCCUCCACAAUAUUUGAAAAUGCACAGUAUCGUACAAAGGAAAAACAGAAAGCUGAAAGUAAAGAGCACCACUCUAUCUUUAAUCUGACACGUGCAUGUAUAAUGUUUGGUGGUCACUGUAGAAAUAAAUGUGGUGGAAAUGAAUUCAGGAUGGUAUAUUGUGAUGUGUCUACAUCGCUUUGCUGCAUUAGACAAUGUAAGCCUAAGAAGUAUAAAUAAUUGAAGAGACCUAUUCACAGAAAGAGGAUCAACAUGAAGUGUCUUCUCACUACUUCAUUACAUCUAUUACUUCAUUCACAGCCUCGUGUUUCUGUUCAUAAAUCUCUAAUAAAUAAAGGACUAAAUAAAAUACAUUUCAACCUGAACCCUUCAUGAACAUUGUGCCUACUAGGAGGAAAGAGUCAAGAGUACAGAAUAGAGCUCUGAACUUGGGAAUAGCAAUAGAAUGAGAAAAUUCCAUCUUUGGACUACUGUGUUAAACGAAAUUCUGGGGACAAUUCUGUUUAAUGUGAAAAGCAUGGUGUCAAUGAUUCAUGAUGUAUAUCAAGCAUUCUUUUAGAAGAGACAAGAGUGGAGAGAAAGUUUAUGAGAGAUGGAAGGUAUGUGUUAUCCCUGGAACUAGUGAAAAUGGUUGCAAGAGCUUUGAAAUGUGAAGUCAUUGUAACUUUCUUAGCUACACUUUCCCUCUGUUUAUUGAUAGAAUUCUAAAAAUAAAAAUAAUUCAAGUAACAUAGCUUGUCUUUUGAGAAAAAAUAACUCCAAAUGGUAGUAUAGAAGGGAACUAUUUGAAUGAAGAAAGAGAAAAUAAAUCUCUGAAGCUUAUGGUAAUAAUAA